CUAUAAUGAACACAGUAUCAAACUCUUAAUGUGGGGUCAGUAUUGCUAGUUUCUCCUUCACGCAACCUCUGGUUGCAAGAGAACAGGCUGUUGCUGACCCAGCUUGCCUGUGACCCACUCAGUUUCACAGUCUUAGGCUGGCUUCAACUGCUUCCUCGUGCAUUUUCUGGACUCCUUUAUUUCCUGAGGACCACUACUCAAAAUAAACUACCUCGUGUGUGUUCUUGUUACAGGCUUUGUGCAUUAUUUGAAUUUGGGGUGAAGGAAUGAAACCCCAGCUAAGACAAUGGCAUAGUACACUGCUCAAAUGACUCUUCUGAAUAAAGGGAAUCUAUUAAUUUCACCGGAUUACUGGACAUAAAUCAAUUGUCUUGGCACAUUAGGUCACAGCCUUAAAUGACAGGUCAGGAAACUGAAGUUGCCAGGGUGGUGGGAAGCCAGCCUAAAAGGCAGGGCCAGAGGAGAAGCUACAAAAAUGAGGAGUCCGGCGGCCUCUUAAAAGGGGCCUGGAGAAGCGAACUCAAUACACCAAAACCUCCACAGAGAUGGGCCUUAUCAAUUUCAUUUGUCUCACGAACUCCAGGACUCAGGCUCCAGCCCAGGCUAGCCUUAGAUCUGAGCAAUAAUAGAAAAAAAAAAAAAAAAAAUUUUUUUUCAAUAGAAAAAAAAAACUAUGGUCUUUGCUCCUGGUACCCUGCCAGAUUUGGGCACCAAAUGGACAUUUCUCCUCCCUCUGUCCCUGCUCAGCAGUGGUUCGGGAGGCAGCUCUUUCUGCAAACGCAGGACCCUCCUGUCCAAGAAGGGCCUGGCAGGCACCCUGCCCCUACAGAGCCCUGGGGCGGGAAGACUGAAGGGGCAGAAAUCCGGGCCGUGCACGCUGACUGCUCCCGCGCUGGGCCAGGCUGCGGCUGCACUUGGGCACGGCCCCACAGGUGGCUCUGGGGACUCUGGCACAGCCCCCAGCCCUGGCCCCGGCCACUCCAGCUCAGGACGCAUCUCCGACGCGGCGAGACCUCGCUCGUCCUCCCAGGCCUCACCUCUUCAAGGUGAACCCGCGUGUCCUAAGACGCUGGUGGCUAACUCGGGCCGCCCACGCCAGUGAGACCCGAGCUUCUGUUGGUGGCGCGGAUCAGGAGAGAGGCGUCCCUGGGCGCCCGCCGCCCGCACAGCGUUCCCACGCACGAGCAGCAGCCGCCCAGACUCGGGCCUGGCCCGGCACGCCGCCGCCGAAGGAAAAUCAGGGCGGACCUGGCCCCGGGCUCGUCCAUUCGCGCGGCCCUGUGGGAAGUGGCGGCCCGGGGGUCGCCGAGGACACCCAGGUGCUUCCGGGCGCAAGGGGGACAGGGAGCGCCCUCGCCCCGCCCCAUUGGCAGCUCCAGAGUGGGCGGGGCGGGGCGGGGUCUAUGCAGGCCACGCCCCAAUGUCUCAGGCCCCGCCCCUGGUGCCCUUGGCCCCUCAGCGCGUACAGCCCCGCACCUGGGGUGCGGUCUGCAGAGGUCCGCUUGUCCCGCUCGCGCUCCAACGCCCCAGCCGGGAGUGGCGCCGCCCGCCCGGGUCCGGAGCGCGCUGCCAGCCUCCGGGAAGGCGGCGCAGGCCGUGCGCGCCCGUUACCCGCCGUUGCCAGGUGUAGAGCAGCAGCGGAAAGCAUGCGGGACUACGAGGAGGUGACCGCCUUCCUGGGCGAAUGGGGGCUCUUCCAGCGCCUCAUCUUCUUCCUGCUGAGCGCCAGCAUCAUCCCCAACGGCUUCAAUGGGAUGUCAGUCGUGUUCCUAGCGGGGACCCCGGAGCACCGCUGCCGGGUUCCGGGCGCCGCGAACCUGAGCAGCGCCUGGCGCAACCACAGCAUCCCGCUGCUGCUGCGCGACGGCCGCGAGGUGCCCGACAGCUGCCAUCGCUACCGGCUCGCCGCCGUCGCCAAUUUCUCCGCGCUCGGGCUGGAGCCGGGGCGCGACGUGGACCUGGGGCAGCUGGAGCAGGAGAGCUGCCUGGAUGGCUGGGAGUUCAGCCAGGACGUCUUCCAGUCUACCAUCGUGACCGAGUGGAAUCUGGUGUGCGAGGAUGACUGGAGGACGCCCCUCACCGCCUCCCUGUUCUUCGUGGGCGUGCUCUGUGGCUCCUUCGUGUCCGGACAGCUAUCGGACAGGUUUGGAAGGAAGCGCAUUCUCUUUGCAACCAUGGCUGUGCAAACCGGCUUCAGCUUCCUGCAGAUUUUCUCCAUCAACUGGGAGAUGUUUACCGUGCUAUUUGUCAUCGUGGGCAUGGGCCAGAUCUCCAACUAUGUGGUGGCCUUCAUACUAGGAGCAGAAAUCCUUGGCAAGUCAGUUCGUAUUGUAUUCUCCACCUUAGGAGUGUGCACAUUUUUUGCGUUGGGCUACAUGCUGCUGCCCCUGUUUGCUUACUUCAUCAGAGACUGGCGGAUGCUGCUGCUGGCGCUGACCCUGCCCGGGGUCCUGUGCGUGCCUCUGUGGUGGUUUAUUCCUGAAUCUCCUCGGUGGCUGAUAUCCCAGAAAAGAUUUAAAGAGGCCGAAGAGAUCAUCCAGAAAGCUGCAAAGAUGAACAAUGUGGCUGCUCCCGCAGUGAUAUUUGAUCCCGUAGAGCUACAGGAGCUCGACUCCUUGAAGCAGCCCAAAGUGUUCAUUCUGGACCUGUUCAAGACCUGGAAUGUCGCCAAAAUAACCAUUAUGUCUUUACUGCUGUGGAUGCUAACCUCCGUGGGCUACUUCGCCCUGUCUCUCAAUGUCCCCAAUUUACAUGGAGAUGCCUACUUGAACUGUUUCCUCUCUGCCUUGAUUGAAGUUCCAGCUUACGUUAUGGCCUGGCUGUUACUGCGCAAGCUGCCCAGGCGUUAUAUCAUAGCUGGGGUUCUCUGCUUCGGAGGAGGUGUGCUCCUCUUAAUUCAGCUGGUGCCUCUAGAUUACAGCUACCUGUCCAUUGGUCUGGUGAUGUUGGGGAAAUUUGGGGUCACCUCCGCCUUCUCCAUGCUGUACGUCUUCACCGCAGAGCUCUACCCAACGCUGGUCAGGAACAUGGCAGUGGGCAUCGCCUCCAUGGCCUCCAGGGUGGGCAGCAUCAUCGCUCCCUACUUUGUCUACCUCGGUUCUUACAACAGACUCCUGCCCUACAUUGUCAUGGGCAGUCUGACUGUCCUCAUUGGAAUUGUCACCCUUUUCUUCCCCGAAAGCUUUGGAGUGACUCUACCAGAGACCUUAGAACAGAUGCAGAAAGUGAAAUGCAGCAACUGUAUUUUCAGGUUCAGAUCUGGAAAAAAACCAAAAGACUCAAUGAAGAAAGAAGAAAACCCCAAGGUUCUAAUAACCACAUUCUGAUAAAACUUGUUCUUGCCAAACUGCAAAACAGACAAGUGCCUCAGCCUCUGUGAAGAAACCAAAGCCUGUCCUGCUGGGGUGGACAGACGGCAGCAAGCAGCACCGAAACAGCUUGCUGCGGAGGAAAAGUGCUUGUCAUCUCGUGAACUCUAACGGCCCUUCCAGAUGAUCUACUUGUUUUUAAAAGCAAACAUUUCCAGAGAGUGCUUCUUAAUACUUAAUUCCAUGUUAUGCAUUCAUAAGACUUUUUGAAAAUUGUUAGUUGCCAGGUAUGGAGGCACCUGCCCGUAAUCCCAGCACUUGGGAGGCUGAGGCAGGAGGAUUGCCGUGAUUUCGAGGCCUGCCUGAGCUACAUACUGAGUUAAAGGCCACCCUAACCUCGGCAGUGAGACCCUGAAAAAUGAUGUGCUAGUCAAGGACUGGCUAAAUCCAUAUAAAGAUUAAUACUCCUUUCCCACCAUAGCAGUGGCAUCCAAAUAAAAAGGUCAUUGCAUUAAUACACUAUCAGAUGACGUCAGGGUAUAGGUAUGUGUAUGGGCAAAUAUGGGGAAGACGGUUGUACAGUUUAAAGGUUCUAAAUCCUUAAAUUCAACCAACCUAGAUCGAUAGCUGCUGACCUGUAGUACACAGGUUCACCUACGAUGGCUGUGUCUCUAUUGAACAUGGACGGACUUUUUUCUUACAAUUAUUCCCUAAGCAAUAUAGUACAAUGACUAUUUAAAUAGCACUGACAUUGUAUUGGGUGUUAUAAGUCAUUUGGAUUUGAUUGAAAGUAUACAGGAGGAAAUGCACAGGUUACGUAGGUCACGCCGUCCAACGUGAGGAGUCUCAGAACUAACCUCCUGAGGAAACUGUUGGACAACCGUAUUCGCACCCAGGAUACAUUACACACUCCUCUGAGAAUGUGUAAGUGUUAGAAAGAAAGCUUUUCCCUCUGUUGUCACACGAAGAGUAUUUCUGUGGCAGAGGUGGGGGGCAGUUGGCCCCCCACACAUCGAGCAGUUCUCCAGAAGAUGCUGACUGGGUCUAAAUGAAUACUUUGAUUUAAUUCUGAUUGUAGUUACCUGGAAAUACUAUCGGGUCCCAUAGGAUUGAGGCCCCAAUCCCAUAAACAGCCCCUGCUUUUGAUGCCAGUGGCACGCCCAGGCCACCGUACUUCUGGCCCAUUGACUCCCGGGCCCUCCUGCUCCACCAUAUUUGCUAGGAUGACUCACAGAAUGCAGGGCAACACAUUUGCCAGUCAGGACACAGGGAACAGCCACCGAAGCCACGCGGAGGGCCCUCCCGAACACGAGCACGCUCCCCUGCGUACCAAGUUCCAAAAGCUCAUCAGAUCUCAUUCCAGAGUCUUUACAGAGCUUGCUGUCCAGCCCAGAGGUCAGCAGGUGAGUUGAAAGGUCCAGUCCUCUUAUCCGUUGUCACUUGGUCUUUCAACUGACUGCCCCCUCCCGAGGCCACAUCAUAAGUAAUUAGUGUAGUUAUCACAGGGGUUUAUGAUGAGUAACAAAACAAUUCCUUUAUACUCAGGAAAUUCCAGGGAGACUUAGGAGCUCUAAGAUAAGAAUUAGGGAUGAAAAUCAAACAUAUUUAAUAUUAUAUCACAGUGGCAAAUAUGAGUAAUAUUUCACAGGUUUAAACUGCAAGAGAUCGGGCCAGGGAGAUGGCUCAGUGAAAUAAGAGCUUCCCUGGCAAGCGCAAGGGCCUGAGUUUAAUCCCUGGUUCCACCAAAAAAAAAAAAAAAAAAUACUGCAAGAGAUCAACAUGCAGGCCCCCGCAGCCCACUGCCUUCAGGAGCCGCAAAUGAUCUAGCUGAAGCCGCCGCAGUUACACUCCCUGUCUGCUGUGAUUUUCUUGUUGUUGUUGAGAGCAUGUAACAAAUACCUUCUGUUUCCCAAAACUGGCUUACAAUAUGUCAUAUUUUGCUGGUAAAAAGAAAAUCAGGCAAACCGCACAAACCAGUUAGACGGGCAGGGAAUGCUUGCAUGCCCCAGCCAAGAGGGGUGAGUGCUGGGAAGGAACAGGGCCGAGCUUGAAACUGCUCCCUCCACGAGCUAGCGCAUAGCUUCCGGCACCCCGUAUUCCAGGGCAUCCUCUGCAGUGGCAGAGCGCGGGGCCAAGCCAGCAGUGUAAAGGUAAAAGGUGAAGCCGCUCAGAGAUCACAUUGCCAUGAGCUCAGGAAAUAUGCGUCAGCUGUGUCUUCAUAGGUGCUAGGGAUGAGGGGACAGCAUCGCUCAGAUGCCCUUGCACGCUUGGAGCUGCAAGCUGUCCUUCCGGUGGCUUCAGCAGCCCUGUGGCAAAGGACUGAUCUUUGAUCAGACCCAGUGGCCUGUAGCCUGCCCAUGGGCAGGGAAGCCCCUAGUUUUGACAUGAUGCUUGUUCCUGAUGUCCUCUCCUGAAAGGAACUACUGCUGAUAUAACAUCUCAGAAAGCUGCUAAACUUUGCUUACUCUUUCAGAAUAUUUUCCCUAUGUUGUCCACAUUUUAUAUCUCAGGCACUGACACACCGAUUCUCAUUCCUGAUUGUUGCUUUGGUCCCCACACAACAGCCUGAAUACUUCAUGCUCAGUGGGGUAACUGCAGGCGAUCGGUCUCCACCGCUGGCCUGCAGCGGGUCUAGAUGUCUCUCCGCCAGCCUGCAGGGCCACCAAGCCUGUCUGCAGGGGCAGACCACGUAGCCUCCGAAGGAGCUGUCCCAGCUCCCUUUCACUAGCAGGGGCUCAUUCCUCUGCUUUCUGGCACUUGUCACCCUUGCUCAGUUGCCCCUGCAGGUGGCUCUUGGCUCUGGGAGGCCAGCACCUCACCUGCUCAUCCUGUCCUCCUCGCUAGUGCUGCUCAACACAGUGCUUUCACUGU